AUGCAUAUCUGCUUUCUUGGUGCGACGGUGUCGCUGUUGUGUGUGAGUGCUUCGGCAUUCACGCCAGCUUCCACUUCUGGAACAGAUAAACUCAAUGAUCAUGGCAUGACGAAAUUGAAGACGUAUCUGCAUAAGAAUCGUGGUCAGAACUCUUGCAAUUUGGACAAUGCUGUGAAGCGUCAGGAGUGGAGCUCACUCUCAAACUCAAAGAAGAAGAUAUAUAUCGAUGCGGUCUUGUGCCUCCAAUCGAAGCCAGCAAGGAGCGGUAGCAUUGCACCUGGAGCCAAGUCACGCUACGAUGACUUUCUUGCGACUCAUAUCAAUCAAACUUUGACAAUUCAUGGUACUGGAAACUUCCUCAGCUGGCAUCGCUAUUACAUCUAUACCUUUGAGGAAGCUCUGCGCAACGAAUGUGGCUACAAAGGAUAUCUUCCCUAUGCCAAUUGGGGCAAAUACGCUGAGGACUUACUGCAUUCUCCUCUCUUUGAUGGUAGCGAGUACUCCAUAUCCGGAAACGGCGAGUACAAGAAUCACACUGGCGCCUCUAUACCUAGUAAAGCAGCACCUUUGAUCCAACUCCCAGCGGGCUCUGGAGGUGGUUGCGUGACUACUGGUCCGUUCAAGAACAUGACGGUCAAUCUUGGCCCGCUCGCUCCUGUCUUUGACGAUGUCCCGGCGAACCCUCGUCCCGAUGGCCUGGGCUACAAUCCACGCUGUUUGCGUCGUGAUCUCGGUGCAUAUCCCGCCAGUAUCGCCUCCACAGAUGCCAACAGCACAGCUUUAAUCACACAGAACACCUACAUUGGCGACUUCCAGACUGUCAUGCAAGGUGACUUUGCGGCGGGCUUACUAGGCGUACAUACAGCGGGCCAUUUCUGGGCUGGCGGUGACCCUGGUGGUGACAUUUUUGUCAGUCCCGGAGAUCCGUGGUUCUGGCUCCAUCACGCUCAGAUCGACCGUACCUGGUGGAUUUGGCAGAACCAGGACCCCGCCGGUCGUAGCAGUACCAAGGGUAACAAUUCCUUGGCUGGCACCAUUACACUGAACAACAGCCCGCCUUCCAGGAACACAAGACUGGACGACGUUAUCGAUUUGGGUGUCAAUGCGAAGGAUGUUCUGAUCCAAGAUGCGCUUAGCACCACUGCUGGUCCAUUCUGUUACGUUUAUGUUUAG